UUUUUUUUCACACUUUCAAAAGAAUAUCUUUUCCUCCACUUUACUUCCUUUUCUUUUGUUUGUAUUUCUCUUACCUUCUGGUGGGCUGAUUGAUCAGUCUUGAAGUCUCGAUCUUCGUGAAAGUGGAUUCAGUGUGAAGGACUUCAGAGCUCUUGCCGCGGCUUACAGUAAAAAAGGGUCCCUUGCAGAACAAAGUUGAGAGCUUAACCACACCCAAUAAUAAUCGAUUAUAAUCCUUCGACUUCCUGGGCACCAAUCGUCGUCGGUCCAACUCACCAGAUUCCUCCUCCUUUCACCCCUCAAAAGGCCAAAACAAAACCCUCAAGCUCCAAGGGUAAUUGUGAUUCAAGCCAAACGAGUCUCCUCUUCUUGGCAGUGAAACUAGUGGAAGAUCGACUGUGAUUGACACGGCUGCCUACUCGUGGAAGAGCAGUCGUUCAGUUUCUUUUUACUUAAAAGACGACGGACUUUCUUCUUCUUUAUUUCCCCCCCCCCAAAGAGUUGUUUUUUAUGGUUGAUCGUCCUAAGCUAUACUUACAACGACCAAACAGCUGAAAGCGGAAGUGCCCGUCCAGACCCGAGCUAAAAUCGUCAUUAGGUGGUGGAUCUCCACAUUCCUCAGCUGUUUGGUCAGCAUCUUGCCUCUGGUACGACUCGGUUCUCCACAGCUUAUCUACCGCCGCAGGCGGCGCCACCUACGAUGCAGCACUACUACGAUAGAAAGCCCGCCGCAAUGUCACUGGAAACUGCCCUCGAAGAAGAGCGCCGUGAGCUGGUUCAGGAAUUCGGAGGCCGCAGCGGUGCAAGCUCGCGACGGAAUCACAGAUCAACCCCGUCGGCCCCGGCGCGGAGCCUGCUGGAUAUUACUCCAUCUCCCGGGACUCUGCCUCCGCGGCACGGGUCCAUCGCCGGCAUUGGCGUCGGUGUGACUCCCCCUUCCGCACGACGCAGCUGGCAUGAACCCCUUGUUACGACACCUAGUCCUGCCACCCCUCCAACAAAAAAACCUUCCACCCCGCGGCGCACAACUUCGGCCGUGGCUCCGCCCCCAAUCCCGCAGAAGAAACCUCCCGCUGAUUCCGAGGACGCUCCCCGCAGAUCCAGCGAUCCGCUUUCGGUCAGCAAAGACAACAACAACAACAAUAAUAAUAAUAGACCCCGGCCGAGCAUCCGCUGGGACGAUUCGGUCACGAUGCCGCCAAGCGUCCUCUCUCAACGGCGUGCGAGCCAGGCACAGGAAAAACCGCCGACCAAGGCCCUGCAGGGCAGGAAUGCCAUGGCAGCGGUGAUGUCCGGUUUGGAUUUACGGGUCGGGUUGCCGAGUUUUACGAGAGGGAGGACCUCAUCACGGAACAGUUCAUCGCGCGGGACCUCGUUGGACUCACGAUUGUCCCCAAAGAAUCGCUGGCUCAGCCCGAGCUCUCGGAGUCCGGCGGCCCAGCCGGUAAAGCCGACUCCGGCUGCAGAAAAACCGAAGCCGACGGAGACGGAAAGCAGUAGUAAACCGCAGCCCCUUAGGCCGGCAGCUCGCCUCCAGCCAUCUGACGACGAUGUGCGUUCGCCGCCGGCUGGAGAUGAACGAUUGGAGAAAGACGUAUAUGACAGCGAAAACAACUUGAUCGAAAGUAGUGAAGAAGAAGUCGAUGACUCCACAAGCGAUGAUGAGGUUAGUUCUGAGCGUGGGCGCAAGAAAAACUCAGACCGUGCCACUCCGAUCGGAAAUGAUGGGGCGAGUGCUUCAAAGGCUGAUUCAAAAGAGGAGACGUCGGGGGAGAGCCCUGAUGACAAAUCGGACAAAUCAGAGUAUAUCCAUUCGGCGAAACAGGGCCCGAUUCCCAAGAAACCCGAAGUCCAUCCCCGGACAAGCUUCGACACUGCUUCGGCCGCAAACACCCCCUUUGGUUCUGAAGAUGAGGCAGAGCUGUCCGACAUCAAACGCGCUCAGAAACUCGGCAUCCAAAUGUCCUCAAUUGAUAGUUCAGUCCAUAAUAGAUCGAUCAGAACCAUUAUCCGUGGCGACUAUACAAGUCUGUCGGAACAAACCGAAGGUGGUCGGCGCCGGCAGCGUAAAUAUUUGGUAACUACGGAUCUGAGUGAAGAAUCCGUGUAUGCCUUGGAAUGGACCAUUGGCACGAUCCUUCGAGACGGCGACACGAUGUUUGCUGUCUGUGCUAUUCACGAAGAGACUGGUGCGCCAACCUCCGUUCAGAUCGGUGAGGGAGCCAAAGCCAUGCAGGACGCUGCAGCUGUUAUCGGGUCGCAGACCGAAGAGACGGUGCAGAUUUCGCAGAACGAUUCGUCUACCAACUUGUCCCGCGCGCUUUUGAGUCGCCUUGGGUCGGGAACAGAUAGCAAGCCCGGCUCUGUCGACUCGAGAGGGAUGACUAAGGCGGAGUCUGAACGCGUCCAUGCGGUUGAGGCCAUCUCCCAAACAUGUGUCCGUCUCCUGAGAAAGACGUUGUUGCAAGUACGAGUUGCCGUUGAGGUGAUUCAUUGCAAGAGCCCUAAACAUAUGAUUACCGAAGCUAUUGAUGGGCUCGAGCCAACGCUUGUUAUUGUCGGUGCUAGGGGCCGGAGCGCACUCAAAGGUGUACUCCUCGGGUCAUUCUCCAACUACCUGGUCAUGCAUUCCUCGGUCCCCGUCAUGGUGGCUCGGAGGAAGCUAAAGAAACAAACCAAGACCAAAAAGACGAACAUCCGUCUGUCGAAUAAUUUGUCUACACCAAAGAAGCUUGCCAUGGCCAAGGUGGAUUAGGUUAACUACUUAUUUCUGGCGUUUGCAUCAUCUCGGAUAGUUUGACGGUUUCUAGCCAUACGGCGCACUUAUCUUCAAUUCUCUAAUGUAUGAUUAUGAAUUAUGGUGGCCAUGAUGGACGAAGAUGCCUUGUUUUGCCUCUUGUUUCGUUUUAUUUUCAUUAUUUCGUCAUGGUUCCUUUUUUUUUUUUUUUUUUUU